UUUCAGUGAUGUGUUUAUUCAGAGCGCUCACGUCUGGUUUUGUUUACAGCAUAAAUAAUGUAGGACUGAUUAACCAAGGCCAAGCAAGGAUGUGAAACUUGACGCUUAAACUGAAGUAAGAAAACAUGAGGGAAUGCAACGGAAAUUCACUAAUGUUCAAAACACCAGCACUACGUUUAAGAAAACUUUUGCUUGGAUUUCUAAUUUUGACGUUAUCGUCUUUGAUCUCUCUCUAUUCCGUGACGUAUUACUCACGUGACUAUGAAACUUCGACGAGGUCCGCAACCGUUAUGAAAAAAAUCUUCCAUCAAAAGUUUAAACUGAUGAAGGCAAGAGAAGCCGAGAGAGAGCACGCGCAUCUACAUUGGAACUUCACUUCAGAAACCACGCAUACGCCAAAAGCGAAAUCUUGGCCACUCUUGAGAACCACAACCAAAGCCGCGACGACGACGACGACUAUACCACCACCGCGUCCACCGAAGCCAAGCGAGGACAUAAACUUUAAUCUAACGUUAGAAUCACGAAUGUUUUUCCGUGAUCCAGGACGAAAACAAAGGCGCAAUUAUAUCAGCUUAAAUUUGCCGUCGUUCAUCAAUGUCGCGAAAGAUGAGACAGGUACGAGUCAGACCCAUGCAGUGACAACUAAAAUGCAGCCUGAACGUGCUGGUACUACCCGGUCACAAGUGCCAACGGGUUUGGACGAAACGUCAAACAAGGGAAAAUCCGCUCGUACUAAAACUAUAUUAUUUUGGUACAUCCCUUUUGACGACAAAACAGUAGCAGCGGAGUUUAUCAACGAAAAAUGGACGACUACACCUAACGGAAUUAUCAUCGACGAACCUUACUGCGGUCGCUGUAAGAUCAUCUACGACCGUAAAUAUAUAGGAAAGAGUGAUGCUGUUGUAUUCCAUGCCAUUCAAGUUCAAGACGAUGACCUGCCCAACCCUAUGACACGGUCUGCUGCCCAGUCUUACGUUUGGUGGUUGGCGGAAAGUAGUUCAACAACACGUGACACUGCAUAUACCGGAUUGGAAAAUUACUUCAAUCUUACUAUGACAGUAAGACGGUCAUCAAACAUACACACUCCUUACAGCACGUUUCAAUGGCUGCUUAAAAUGCUAUGGAGCAAAGAAAACGGCCAAGAUAUUAUAAAAGCUCACGCUGUGAUGAAGAACAUCUAUUUGACACCAACAUCAGACAUUGAAUACAUCGAAGACAGUUUGCCGGCACCAAAUAAAAAGAUGUCGGUGCUCAAGGGAGUCGCACCAGAAGUAAGGAAGGUUCUGGAGAAGAAAAACAGAUUAGUGGCAUGGGUUGUAAGCAACUGCGCCAACACAAUCUCAAGCGAAUUGCGUCACUAUUACGCAUACCAGUUGGUACGGGCAGGCCUAAACGUUGAUCAGUUCGGGAAUUGCCAAGGAAUGGCUUUUCCCGUGGAAUCGAGGUUCGACCCAUUGUUUUACGAAACUCUAGGAAAAUACAAAUUCUACUUCUCGUUUGAAAACAGCUUCCAUUGUAAAGGCUACAUCACAGAGAAGCUUUGGUUCAAUGCUCUUUAUAGCGGCGCUGUCCCGAUAGUGUUCGGACCACAUCCGCGAGAUGUCGCUGCUGUGCUACCGCCCAAGUCAUAUAUACACGCUGAAGAUUUUAGCAGCGCUGGUGAACUAGCAACGUACAUUCAAUACCUUGAUACUAACGCAACAGCUUAUGCAGAGUAUUUACACUGGCGUAAAUGGAUACGACUGCUCGACGAAAACGGCAACUACAGAACGACCAACAGGACAGCAAAGAUUUUAAAAUCCUACAGCGCAGAGGAACGUAAAGCUGUCGAAAAGUUUUUGAGACCAAGACCGAGUGGGUUUUGCAAACUUUGCAAGAGACUUCAUGAGCCUUUGGUUAGUCACGUGGUUGAUGACGUAUCAGAGUGGUGGGACAGUAGCGAAAGGAACGAAUGUUUUGACAUUGAUCGAGCACGAAAGAUGAUGAAACUGCCUGUAAUUUUUUAAUUCGGGGUGAUGGACCAAGUCAGACUUAAAUUCCACGGCCAUGUCGUACUAAAGGACUCCAAAUGGGCGAACUCUGGUCCAAGUCUUAUAUUGAGAAUCAUUUAUUUUAGAUUAACUUAUUACCAAACGACGCAAGCACUUCAUGUUCUAAUGAAGCUGUGAACCCGCUGCUUAAACCACAAGUGUAAUAUCAAGCCUACAUUAGGUUGCAACCUUUUGAAUCAUCAGUAUGUAGUUCAUCGUAUCAACCAUUGCUGCCUAUAUGAUUCUUGGUUUCAUAAGUUAGCUCUUUAUUUUGUAUUGUGGUAUCGUACUGUGUACUUCGUGAGUGUCAUUAACUUAUCUCUCUCUACUUCUGUUUGUCCUUGCUGAAAUAAAAGGUUCGUAAUUGG